AUGAAUGACACGAGAGAGCAUACCUUGCUGAAAAGAGAUGAAAGGGUUUUUACAUAUCAAGGAAGAAAGAAUGUCACUGAUGACAGAUACAAGCUGCAAAGCAGCAGUGAAGAUGAGGUGUUUUCAGUCAGCAGGCGAGAUAGCACUGACCAAGAUAGCCUACUAGCUAGCUCAAGUUCAGUAGGAAGUAUUUCAGAGGAUGAAGUAGAUAGCAAGAAGCCAAUUUCCUACAGAUUUAUUCCUCCCCCAUACCGCAGAACAACGGUUGAGAGAGAGAGCAAGAUUGAAGAACCCCUGAAAUCAAGUGGUAAAAUUGCUGUAGAGGAAGCUAAUCAUCCAGAUGAUUCAAUCAAUGAAACCAAGCCAAAACCGAGAUCUGUCCGAAGGAGACCAUUGAAGCCUCCACCAGGACAUGAAAAUUUUGGCAGUAUUGAAAGACAGUUGAAGCCACCGCCAGGCCGUGAUAGGGUUGGCAGUAUUGAAAGCAAUGAGUCUGCUAGGACUAAUUCAAGAGCAAUGAAGCAAGAAGGGCCUAGACGAGGUUUUAGAAUCUUUCAAACAGAUGAUGAUGAUGAUCGAAGGGAUGAAGAAGAAAAGGUUAUAGAUGGACUUUUGAAGCAUUAUAGUGAGAAAGACUCACCUCAGGAACCAAGCAAGUUGAAUGUGUAUGCAAACCCUCCUCCAUCGAGGCAAACAAGUGAUGAUGAUGGUAAAACCACAGGGCACAGAAAUGCAAUGUCUGAGUUGCCUCUUCCACCUGGCAGAGCCGUAAGCCUGCGAGAAUCAGGAACUCCAACAGGUGGAACGAUGAGGCUUGGUCGAGCUGUUUCAGCGCAGCCGGAUAUAAUGUCUGGUCAUGCGCAUCCCAUUCUCCCAGAUUAUGAUGAAUUGGCAGCUCGGAUUGCAGCUCUUAAGGAAAGAUAA